CCUGCUACUAUAUAUUGACCAAAUUAUCAGAUUCCUCUUAACGUUUAUUAUGGUACCUCUGACCAAGUGGGACCCAUGAGCCAUCCAAGUCAUCGUUUGUCAGAAAUGAUGAAGAUGUUGAAUGAAAACCUCAUCUCUCUCUCUCUCUCUCUCUCUCUCUCUCUCUCUCUCUGUGUUUAGUCUUCGUUCGCAAUAUAUCAAAGCAUGUUAUAAUUAUGCACUACAGAUUCCUCGUAUAAGAUACGUUGUCAUAUGUUUUUGAGUGACUCAUAAAAAGUUUCAGAAAAAGUUUGCAGAUAAUGUCAGCCCUCUGGAAGCUCCAACCAACGGCCAAAAAACCAUAACAAGGCUUUUUCAACAGUCACUAUCUACGAUGACCAAUUAGAGAUUUACAGCUCCACUAAAGAAAGUCAAUGGGUUUUUAUUAUGGAAGUUUAUGUGUAGAACUGGUUAUAGAGGAUCCCAACCCAUCCGUUUCAACUACCAUUCUUCCCUCCAUUUGGGUUCAAAGAGACGACCAUGAACCACUAUUAGGAGUAUAAGCUAGAAAUUGCUAGGUAGGGAAUCACUAUUUCUAUAAUUAGGAAAUUGUUUCCAUUCCAGAUAUCCAAUUCCAAACCCCAUGUUCUGAAUGCCAAGAUUCAGCUAAAAAGAUCUCCAAAACAACAUGGCUGUCCUAGAAACCAUACCAACUCAGUUACCACUACAAGUUUCAUCCUCGUUCCUCGACACCAGCACAAUUAUUGCACUGGCUGUGUUCUUUGCACUACUCUGUGCCUGCAUCAUUAUUGGCCACCUAUUGGAAGAGAAACGGUGGGCUAACGAAUCCAUUACAGCCCUUCUUCUGGGGUUGUGUGCUGGAUUGGUGGUGCUACUGUUGAGUAAGUUCCAGAGCUCGCGGUUACUACUCUUUGAUGAGGAUUUGUUCUUCCUCUAUUUGCUUCCCCCAAUCAUUUUUAAUGCUGGUUUCCAGGUCAAGAAAAAGCAAUUUUUCAAGAAUUUCACGAUAAUAUUGUUGUUUGGUGUACUCGGUACAGUAAUUUCGUUCUGCCUCAUAUCAUUAGGUGCCUUUUUGCUAUUUAGAAGAAUUGGUAUCUUAACUUUGAAAGUUGAUGAUUUUCUAGCUGUUGGUGCCAUAUUGUCAGCGACUGAUUCAGUUUGCACACUGCAGGUUCUCAGCCAAGAUGAGACGCCCUUUCUUUACAGUGUCGUAUUUGGAGAGGGAGUGGUGAAUGAUGCUACCUCGAUUGUGCUUUUUAAUGCAGUACAGUCACUAGACCUCAGCGACAUCGAUGCUAUUACAGCCUUGAAAUUGUUGGGAACUUUCCUUUACCUCUUCUUCACCAGUACAGCUCUUGGUAUAGUAGUGGGUCUAAUGAGUGCAUAUAUCAUAAAAUCUCUUUACUUUGGAAGGCAUUCUACAGAUCGUGAAGUUGCACUCAUGAUGCUUAUGGCUUAUUUAUCAUACAUGCUGGCAGAGCUGUUAAAUCUUAGUGGUAUCUUAACGAUUUUCUUUUGUGGCAUUGUCAUGUCACACUACACGUGGCACAACAUCACACAAAGCUCGAGGAUAACAACCAAGCAUGCGUUUGCUACAAUUUCAUUUAUUGCAGAAACCUUCAUAUUCCUUUACGUGGGUAUGGAUGCCUUGGACAUUGACAAAUGGAAGAGCAGCAAUUCAGGAGCAGGAACAUCAAUUGCUGUAAGUUCAACAUUGUUUGCGUUAGUGUUGAUCGGAAGGGCAGCAUUCGUUUUCCCACUUGCAAAUAUUAGAAACUGUCUACAGACGAGCGAUAGCACAAAAAUCGACUUUCCCAGACAGUUCAUAAUGUGGUGGGCUGGCCUAAUGAGAGGUGCAGUAACAAUUGCUUUGUCUUACAGCAAAUUUGCAGAAUCAAAGAAGGUAUCAACACAAGAUAGUGCAUUAAUGAUCACCAGUACCAUCAUUGUUGUUCUGUUUAGCACUCUGGUGUUUGGGUCCAUAACAAAACCACUCAUUCAAGCUGUGAUGUUGAGAAAUGCAAAGCCAGCAACUUCAGAUGCAACUGAUAUUCCAAGCCUAGAAGAUAUAAGGCUACUGUUUAUUGAAAAUGGAGAUGAUCAAAGUGAGCAGGAACGGGACGAAGAAACUAGCGGUGUCCCUAAGAGGAGUAGCUUAAGAUUGCUAAUGAGUCAUCCAACAACAACAGUUCAUUACUUUUGGAGAAAAUUUGAUGACAAAUUUAUGAGACCAGUAUUUGGUGGAAGGGGUUUUGUUCCAUUUGUUCCUGGUUCACCAAGUGGUCAAGCACAUGAGACUUCUUGAAACCAAAAAAGCUUAAUCUUGUUUUAUUUUUAUUUGUUUAUUUAUUAUUAUUAAUAUUAUUAUUAUUAUUAUUUUUUUUGUACAAAUAAAUGUAAUUGAGAGUUGCUUUUUCUUACCUGUAAAGAGGGAAUGGGAUGAUGAUAUUACCAGAAUAUUUUAAGCAAGGUUUUUCCUUUUUUUUUUU